AUGCCUUCUAGUACAGCUUUCCAGUUUUUCAGUCUCACUGUGCUUUUUGCACAUUGCACCUCAUUUUCAGUAAGUUUCAAUCCAGUGACACUCCUCCCUCUUCGUUGCCUCUUUCAGUGAUUGCUAAACACAAGGAAUAAUUUUCCUUCUUUUUUAGGUCGACCGCUUACUACCGGAUGAUGGUAAGGUGCUGGAACUCAUUAAGACGCUCAAAGUAAAACAUUUUUUAUUUCGUUUUCUCUUUGUGUCUGAAACUUAAUAUUAUUGCUUGUAUUGAUUAGAUGCUGAUGCUGGUGAACUGAGAAAGGACAUCCCUGAAAUAAAUUCAGGUGGGUUGCAGUGAGACAGUUAACACUUGGAUAAACAUACUCCCAACCCAAAAAACUUUUCUUUUUCAAAUAAAGUGGGCUCUAUGAACAUUUUGGCACUUUGCUCAGCUCCUUUCUUUAGCAUCAAGAACAUUGCAUUUUAUGGUGUUGUGGGUUUGUGGUGUGCAGUUUGAUGUGUGUGUUGGGGUAACACUCCCAAGAUCCAAGAGUUGAAACCGUAUUCUCUCCCUGCCCCUUGGAUAAAUGUUCUUGCUGGCCAAGAGAUAAUUUAACUGUUCGGAUGAAACUUUGAAAAGAAUCCAAAGGGAAUAUUCUCAACAGAAUUCAAGAAGUUUACCUAGUGGACAUUUUCUUUUAGCUGUGGGUUAACUCCUUUCAGCUCUCCUCUGAAUGUGUUUCUUUUCUCCCAAGUUUUAAAAAAACUUCAAAUAUUUUUGAGCUUUUCAACAAAAGUUGUGUGUGUGUGUGUUUCCCACGCCCCCUUCUUAAGCAAAAUCAAAACAAAGCAAAGCAAAACCACUUACCUUUGAAAGGAAGAGUGGUACUCUGAGUAGGAAAUGAAGAUUAUGAACACACACAGAAAUGGCAUUUCCAGUUAAGACUUUCUUUUUGGAAGGAAAUGCGAAGCAGUCAGGACCUGGCAGGGAAGGUUGUCUAGGAAGGAGGAGAGGCCCCGUUAGAAGCCAUAAGUGAAUUUAGAGUGGUGUUGCUAAACGCAUAUGACCAUGUUGCAGAUAUUAGUUUGGUGCGCUUUGAAUAGAAUUGUUAGUCAUGUUGUGAGUCUUUAUAUAAUAUAUAAGCAUAUUCAAAGAGUGAACACAUUAUUUUAAAUAUCUGAUGAAUCAUCUUUUGCAUUUUGAUUAUGCCAUCUUUUUUUUAUUUUCUUCUAGCUGCUGGACUCACCCUCUUCCAGGGGGAUAUUGUACUGUCUGUAAGUGUUGUUGUUGUUUUAGGUCAUACAUUUUUCCUUCUUAUUUGUGUGCCCAAAGGUAACGCAUCUAAUCUUAACCUUUCUCCGUUUUCAAUAGAGAAGCCGUAGUGCGAUCAAAGAUGAGGCUUACCGAUGGCAGUUCCCUAUUCCGUUCAUUCUGGGUGACAGCCUUGGUAAUACAACCUUUGUAUCACUACAAUACUGCCGAGGUUAAAAUCUGAUCCUGUUGUGAUUCCUCUAGCUGUGCCUCCUACAUUGCACAGGGGGUUGGACUAGAUGACUCUUGGGGUCCUUUCCAACACUAUAAUCCUUUUAUUCUAUGACUCAGAAGAUCCCUGUACCUGCACAAAUAAAUAACCCAACCUGUUAAGCAGUUCCUCUGAACAAUUCCCUGCCUUUUACGUAAAGGCAAUCUGAUGUCCCUCUUUAAGCUGCAGUAAUCAUAGGAACAUGGGGAGCUGUCUUACAUCCUAGGCCAGGGAUCGGCAACGUGCAGCCCAUGGGCCGGAAGCAGCCCAUGGAGGCCGUUUAACCGGCCCACGAGCCACCCCAGAACCGAGCCGCCCGCUGCGCUAAACUGGUGCAGUGGGGACUCACUUCUGCAGCGCCAGAAAUCACGGGCACACUCACUUGUGCGUGCGCGAAUGCGAUCCAGCCACGGAGGGAUCUCCAUGGGACCGAUCCGUCUCAGGCAAGGUAAACCUUGCCGACCCCUGUCCUAGGCAGGUCCAUUGAGCUCAGUAUUGCACACUGAGUGGCAGCAAUGGCUCCCCCAGCUUUCAGGCAGUGGGCCUCAUCCCCACCUGGGGAUGCCACUUGGGGUUGGGCCUGGGACCUUCUGCAUUCCAAGCACAUGCCCUGCUCCUGAGCUAAGGCCAUUCCUCUCAGUUUUCAGAAAGAUAAAGCUAGUGUAGAUUUGUCCUGGUCUGGUGCAUGUAAUGUCUUUUGUUUUGUACCUGUGUGAUUUGUGCUCAUAUUGUAUUGUGAUGGUCAUUGGCUAUAAACAAUAAAAAUGAUUGAUUGAUUGAUUGAUUGACUGAUUGAUAGUGGCAAAACUGAUUUCUCAUGAAUUGCUUUUUUUUAAAGAUCUGAAUGCCAAAGGGGUAAUUCUUAGAACGCUUGAAGGAUUCCAGUUAAAAUCCUGUGUGGAUUUCAAACCAUAUAAUGGGGAGCAGUCGUAUAUAAUAUUUCAGAAGUUAAAAGGGUAAGUAAAAACACAUUGGUGCUUGGGGUUUUUCUUUUUUAAUUUUUAAAAUUAAAAACACAUUUAUUCAAAGGUUGCAAUGCCAUAAAACCACAGAAUGGUCACCUCAUUUUCCAGAGACAUUUAGGUAAGGGGCAGUGAAUCACAUUGUUCUAUUUUCUUCCAAAGCGAUGGAAGCUUAUGAAAUCUUGGCUGUGAAUCAUUGCUCAAGUACUCUCUUGUUUGGACAAUCUUGUAGAGAUAGGCAACCUGUGAAUUUCGUUUUCUCUCAAUUCAUCUAACUUCAGCAGCGAGGUUGUUUGUUUGUUAAAGUUGCAUGAAAAUUUGUACACUUUUUGUAUGUAACUUUGUCUAAUAGAGGCACUUUUGCAAGCAGCUCCCCCCAGCCCCCGCUAUAAAGCUGCUUGAAUGAUAUUUUCACCCGUAUUUGCUUUUUUGUGUGCUCUUCCCCCUAAUAUACAAAAGCAUUUUCUGUCUGGUGAAGGGCAUCACAAAAUUUGGAAAAGUGUGAAAUCUGAAAGGUAGCUGAGCUUUGGCUGGUCUUGCUGGCUUGAUCCCUGAGACGCUGCACCAGAACACAACAAAAAAGCCUCUUCCUGUGCUUCCUUCCACCUUCCUGAACCUGCUUUGGUCCUCCCUCCUCUGCCUCUAGCCUUGUGUGGAAUGAAGAUUUCCAGCUGUAUCAUCACCAUUCUAGUUGUGCAGAUAAGGUGAAUGUGUUGGGGGUGGGGUGGAUCUUGUGCGCUCACAGCCUCAUGGAAAAAGAAAAAUGGAGAGGAAUGAUAAAAGGCCAGAGUCAGAGGCAGAAGGAGGGCCAGAGAGUGAGUUUGCAGAGGACAGAAGGAGGACUCUCCACCUCUUCAGAGACUUUGCUAUGAAGGGGACGUGUGGAUGGUGGGAGGAAGUGUGGUCCAGAGGAAAAAGGAACAUGGGAAGAGUCUGGCUGCUGGAUCCGGCCAAACAGGGCUCCGCAUGUCAGAGGUUAUUGAGCUACUGCAUCUGUAUUGCAGGGGGUUGGUCUAGAUGACCCUGGAACCCAUGUCCUGCCCUACAAUUCUAUGAUUCAACAAAACCAGAUGACAGGAGCUGGCCUUGAUACAGCCCAUCACUAUUUAUUUCGUUUUCUUUUCUUUUAAAAACUGUAUCUUACAUGCAGUUUGGCCCUAUGAAUGCUGAAUACAAAAAGAAGAAGGAACGGAAAGGCAAAGGAAUAAUUAAAAUUAAUUUAAAAGGUGUAGUCAAAAAUAGUUACAAAUUGUUAUUGGUUUCCACAUAUAAAGAGUGUUGUCCAAAAUGAAAAGCUGAAAGUUUAUCGCUGUCAAGCACCUUUACUUUUCAUUUGCGUUUUUCAGAUGUUGGUCUAAAAUUGGAGAUGUAAAAGGAGGCCAGAACCUUUCUGUUGGUGCAGGAUGUGACACCAAAGGCAUCAUAUCUCAUGAGAUCUUACAUGCUUUGGGACGUAUCCAUGAGCAGACACGGGCAGACCGAGAUGAUUAUGUCGAGAUCUGGUGGGAUCACGUGCUUCCAGGUUGGUGUUCAGACCCUUGAAAUGAGUUGGGAUGUGGACAUUGCGGCUGCCUUGUUUCUGCUCCUGCGGAUGCCAGGGGAAAUGGGGGAAAGGACUUUGGAGAACAGAUGGGUGAUUGAUCUCGCCUCUGGUGCUAUGUAUUAUUCCUCUGCCUUAUACGAAACAUUCAUUCAAGAGAAUAUACAUAUGCAUGCUCAGCAGUUAGAACAGGCAUAGGCAAACUCGGCCCUCCCGAUGUUUUUGGGACUACAACUCCCAUCAUCCCUGACCACUGGUCCUGUCAGCUAGGGGUCAUGGGAGUUGUAGUCCCAAAACAUCAGGAGGGCCUAUGCCUGAGUUAGAACAAUUGAAAUGGUUUAUUGUCAAGAAAUUUGAAGCUACUGAAAUGGCUUUACAAUUGCCCAUCUACCUAAGUGGUAUUAUUAUUAUUAUUAUUACCCAAGAUGGGUUACAACAAUGUAAAAAUACAAUAUUAAAUAUUUUGUAAAUGCCUUUAAUUUCAUAUAUCCCUAAAUAUACUGUAAUAUUCACACAUUAUAUGCCCACAAAACCAGGCUUUCUACUAAGUGUAACUCAACAGACAAUCCCAAUUCUCUGAUUAUUAUAUAUGUAUGAUGCACAUGUUUUCAAGAACUAAUUUGUUACUUUCGUGGUCAAUUGUUUUUUUAAAGUUUAGUCAUUAGCCAUAACCAAUUACCAAAAAUUAAAUUAAAAACAAAAUUGAAUGGCCCUGGGAUCUUCAGAUGAAGAGUGGUAUACAAUUAUUAUUAUUAUUAUUAUUAUUAUUAUUAUUAUUAUUAUUAGCAAGAAGAACAGUCUGACAUUUGCAACACAAUUAAUCCCAUUUAGCUUAAUUCAUAGAAUCAUAGAAUCAUAGAGUUGGAAGCGACCACAAGGGCCAUCGAGUCCAACCCCCUUCCAAGCAGGAAACACCAUCAGAGCACUCCUGACAUAUGGUUGUCAAGCCUCUGCUUAAAGACCUCCAAAGAAGGAGACUCCACCACACUCCUUGGCAGCAAAUUCCACUGUCGAACAGCUCUCACUGUCAGGAAGUUCUUCCUAAUGUUUAGGUGGAAUCUUCUUUCUUGUGGUUUGGAUCCAUUGCUCUGUGUCCGCUUCUCUGGAGCAGCAGAAAACAACCUUUCUCCCUCCUCUAUGUGACAUCCUUUUAUAUAUUUGAACAUGGCUAUCAUAUCACCCCUUAACCUCCUCUUCUCCAGGCUAAACAUGCCCAGCUCCCUUAGCCGUUCCUCAUAAGGCAUCGUUCCCAGGCCUUUGACCAUUUUGGUUGCCCUCCUCUGGACACGUUCCAGUUUGUCAGUGUCCUUCUUGAACUGUGGUGCCCAGAACUGGACACAGUACUCCAGUACUCCACAGUACAGCAUCAGACAUUAAAAACUUCCCUAAAGAGGGCUGCCUUCAGUUGUCUUUUAAAAGUAAAAUAGUUGUUUAUUGCUUUGACAUCUGCUGGGAGGGCGUUCCACAGGGCAGGCGCCACUACCGAGAAGGCCCUCUGUCUGGUUCCCUGUAACCUUACUUCUCGCAAUAAGGGAACCGCCAGAAGGCCCUCGGCGCUGGAUCUCAGUGUCCGGGCUGAAUGAUGGGGCUGGAGAUGCUCCUUCAGGUAUACAGGACCGAGGCCGUUUAGGGCUUUAAAGGUCAGCACCAACACUUUGAAUUGUGCUUGGAAACGUACUGGGAGCCAAUGCAGAUCUCUCAGAACCGGUGUUAUGUGGUCCCGGCGGCCACUCCCAGUCACCAGUCUAGCUGCCGCAUUCUGGAUUAAUUGCAGUUUCCGGGCCACCUUCAAAGGUAGCCCCACGUAGAGCACGUUGCAGUAGUCCAAGCGGGAGAUAACUAGAGCAUGCACCACUCUGGCAAGACAGUCCGCGGGCAGGUAGGGUCUUAGCCUGCGUACCAGGUGGAGCUGGUAGACAGCUGCCCUGGACACAGAAUUAACCUGCGCCUCCAUGGACAGCUGUGAGUCCAAAAUGACUCCCAGGCUGCGCACCUGGUCCUUCAGGGACACAGUUACCCCAUUCAGGACCAGGGAAUCCCCCACACCCGCCCGCCCCCUGUCCCCCAAAAACAGUACUUCUGUCUUGUCAGGAUUCAACCUCAAUCUGUUAGCCGCCAUCCAUCCUCCAACAGCCUUCAGGCACUCACACAGGACCUUCACCGCCUUCACUGGUUCUGAUUUAAAGGAGAGGUAGAGCUGGGUGUCAUCUGCAUACUGAUGAACACCCAGCCCAAACCCCCUGAUGAUCUCUCCCAGCGGCUUCAUAUAGAUAUUAAAAAGCAUGGGGGAGAGGACGAAACCCUGAGGCACCCCACAAGUGAGAGCCCAGGGGUCUGAACACUCAUCCUCCACCACCACUUUCUGGAAACGACCCAGGAGAAAGGAGUGGAACCACCGUAUAACAGUGCCCCCAGCUCCCAGCCCCUCUAGAAGGUCCAGAAGGAUGUUAUGGUCGAUGGUGUCAAAGGCCGCUGAGAGAUCCAGCAGAACUAGGAAACAGCUCUCACCUUUGUCCCUAGCCCGCCGGAGAUCAUCAACCAGCGCGACCAAGGCAGUUUCAGUCCCAUGGUGAGGCCUGAAUCCCGAUUGGAAGGGAUCCAAAUGGUCCGCAUCCUCCAGGCGUGCUUGGAGUUGUUUGGCAACCACCCGCUCAAUCACCUUUCCCAAGAAUGGUAGAUUUGAGACUGGGCGAUAGUUGGCCAAAUUGGCUGGGUCUAAAGAUGUUUUUUUAAGAAGCGGUUUAAUGACUGCCUCUUUCAGCAGGUCUGGGAAGGCUCCCUCACAGAGGGAAGCAUUCACCACCCCGCAGAGCCCAUCGCCCAGCCCUUCCCGGCUCGCUUUUAUCAGCCACGACGGGCAAGGAUCAAGGAGACAAGUGGUUGGUUUCACUUGUCCAAGCAGCCUGUCCACAUCCUCGGAGGUAACAGAUUGGAAUUGAUCCCAUGUAACAGGACUAGACAGAACUCUAGCACUCUCCCGCCCUGGCCCUGCUCCUACGGUGGAGUCUACCUCCUUCUGAAUCUGAGCGACUUUAUCUGCAAAAAACUUUGCAAAAGCAUUGCAGGAGAUCUUGGGGUCCCUACCAGGUCCUCAGUGGUGCAGGUGGUUCUGAUAGAUUGCGAACCACCUGAAAAAGUCUCCUGCUGCUGUUUUCUGCAGAUGCAAUGGAGGCGGUGAAGAAGGCCCUCUUCGCCGUCGCCAUUGCCACUUGGUAGGCUUGACGUUGAGCUCUAGCCUGUGUCCGGUCUGAUUCAGAAUGAGUUUUCCGCCACCGGCGCUCUAGCCGUCUCAACGAUUGUUUCAUCACCCUCAGCUCCGGGGAAAACCACCAUGCAAUUGGAGAGGGCGCUUCGGAGCCAGACAGUCAAUAGCCCUGGUUAACUCCGCAUUCCAGCAGGCCACCAGGGAAUCAGCUGAAAGGCCAUCAACUUGGGAUAAAACAUCCCCUACCAGUCUCUGGAAGCCAAUUGGAUCCAUUAAGUGGCGGGGGCGGACCAUCCGAAUCGGUCCCACCUCCCUGCAGAGGGGAAGAGUCGCGGAGAAGUCCAGUUGCACCAGGAAGUGAUCUGACCAUGGCACUUCUUUUGUUUCGCUUUUAGUUAAUGUCAGAUCACCAACAUCCGUAGAGGUAAACACCAAGUCUAAGGCAUGUCCGCGGCUAUGAAUUGGGCCAAAAUUAUUCAGGGACAGCCCCAUGGAGGCCAUGCUUUCCACGAAGUCCUGAGCGGCCCCUUGUAAGGUUGUGUCGGCAUGGAUGUUAAAAUCCCCCAGGACAACCAAGCUAGGUGUCUCCAGGAGCAUAUCCGCCACGACCUGAAGCAGCUCGGGCAGGGAAUCCUUGGUGCAGCGGGGAGGUCGGUACACCAAUAGGAAUCCUGUACUGCCCCUAUUGCCCAUGCAAUAGUUCAUGCUCUUAACUAGCACACAUUAGUUGAGGUCAUAAUUUUUCUACACAUAUUUGUUCAGAGGGUGACCCCCCCCCCAAGUCAUCUUACGAGUCGAAGGUGGCAGCCAUGGCCCUGAUGAAAUCAUGGCAUCCUGUUCCAUAAUCAAGUCAGUUGGCAGAGCGUGGGUUGCAAGCCCUUUGCGAGGUCUUCCAGAAAGUAACUGUGUGGUGUAUAUUUUGCAUGCAGAUCAAGAGUACAACUUUAAGAAAGCGGAUGAUGACGAUAUAACAGACUUGAAUACUCCUUAUGAUUACGAGUCCAUCAUGCACUAUGGUCCAUCUUCAUUUAGUAAAAAUGAAAGCUUAAAAACAAUUACUACGAAAAUACCAGAAUUUAAUAACAUUAUUGGCCAACGCUUGGAUUUCAGCGCUUCUGACCUGGAAAGACUCAAUCAAAUGUACAACUGCAGUAAGUCAUGAUGAGACAGUGAAGUUUGCAGAGUGAAACUGAAUCCAUUGCCUUUGAAUAAAACUGAUUAAAUGGUUUUGUUAAAUGGAAAUGGGAAAGGCACUUCUCUUUAAUUUUUAAAUAUUUCUUUCUGUAUUUUUAUUCUCCCCUCAUUCCUGCCCCAGCGAGAACUGUCACCCUUUUGGACCAAUGUGAUUUUGAGUCAGCUGAUAUAUGUGGCCUGGUUGAGAAAACCAGUGGAGAUACCAACUGGAUUCGUAAGAAGAGUGGCCAAGACCAUACCCUCUCUGGACGCUGCAAAGGUAAACUGGGGACAAUCCCCUCCUUCUUUCAUGGGACCAGUUCUUUGCUUCUUGAUUUGAUCACUGUGUUAUCUCCUGUUGACUCAGUGGAAAGUCUGUCACAACUCUUGGCUUUGCCAUUUUCCUGAGCUUCCGAUCAUCUUGGCCCAAAGUGAAGUGGAAGACAUGCCAAAUGAGUCUUUAAUCCAGACAGCGGUUCCAGUAGUUACAUUUUAUACUUCUAAGAAUAGUCUGAGACUAGUCAAUUAAAGUGUGCAAAACUAACGUAAGGAGCAUUUGCAACAGGAGCAAUUGCUUCCAGUUCUGCACUUCUAUGAUCCUAGAUUUGUCGUGUUCAUCAUUCAAGUGAAAGGGAAUUGAAUGGGGCCACUUAAGGAGCUGGACUCUGGCAGCUUUAAUGCAAUGAAGUUUUUGUGGUGUUGGAGAAGGACCACAUUUGUGUCAGCAGCAGUGUCCUGUUCAACCCCCAAGUGAAAGAAUUGGACUCCUUGAUGCCAGAUUUGCAUCAAUUUAUUGUUUUGCAUAGAAUCUGUGUGCAAAAGAAUAAAAGGACAGAAACCUGACUCCACAAAAGAGACGCAAGGGAGAGAACCGUCUUGCAGGAGGACUCCAUUCUGGGUGACCCCAGUGCUGCACUAGAUGAUACUGGAGAAGGGAAAACGGGGAAGCAUCUGCCUCCUCCAUUUGAUAGAAUUCACUGAACUUCAGAUAUGUGGGGCUACUUCCGCUUCUGGAGCCUAGCCAGUGGCUUAAGCCCUGCCAGUGGUGAGGUGGGGGGUGGGCCUUUACUCACCUGUCUCCCAGUUCGCCCCCUCACAUUGCAGCCAGUAGGUCAGAAUUCACCACAUCAGCUUGAGGAUUGGCAUAGUUGAGGAACCAUUUAGCAGGAGUGGCCGGGGGAUGAGGAUUCUGUAGAUCCUCUACUAUUCCUCAACACACACAAACACCCCCCCCCCCGACCUGACCUGUUUGGUUCCCUCUGCAAGUGGGACCAGGGCCAAGUCACUGCCUCUCUGCCAGCAAAGCAGCCCUUUUGUCACAUCAAACAGCCCUUGGCUGGCUUUAGGGCUGCAGCCUUCAUUGCAUACAAUUUAAGAAGAAGGGAAAAAACACAUAACUUGCCAAUAUUCAUUCCAUUCCGUUUGAUAACUGAAGUGAUUGAGGGUCUUGGAAGCCUUCGCUUGGUAAGAAGAAUCUAACAGAGACCCUUAGCCCCUCGAAGAGCCAUAGUACCCAGGACUCUUAGGAAAGCCAAUGACUGCUCAGCCAUUUUAAUACCAUGAAGCAGAUAUGCCCCUAAGUGCUCAGUUUUUUCAAAUUUUUGGAACCCAGUGAAAAUAAAAUUCUCAGUAUUUGUAAGUUAUAAAAAAUUACAGACAUUGUGAUUCAGGUUGUACGUAGCUCAUUGGGUAGAGCAUGAGACUCUUAAUCUCGGAGUCGCUGGUUCAAGCCCCACGUUGGGCAAAUGAUUCCUGUUGGACUAGAUGAUCCUUGUGGUCCCUUCCAGUUCUAUUAUUCUGUGGUUCUAAGAGGUAGCAUAUGCAUAAUAAUGCUUGAUACGCCUUCAGUAGCGCUGGCUUCUUCUCCACAGAUGCCGGCUAUUUCAUGUACUUUAACACCAGUUUUGGGAAGAGAGGCGAAACAGCGAUUUUAGAAUCCCGCAUUCUGUACCCAAAGAGGAGAAACCAGUGUCUCCAGUUCUUCUUCAAAAUGACAGGAAGCCUCUGGGACAGGCUUUUCAUCCAGGUGGUCAAGGAUGACGGCACCGGAGAAGUCCGCAGGCUGGUUAAAGCCAAAACAUUUCAAGGUAAUGUUGAAAACCAGUAAAAGAUUUUUGGAGUGUUCUAAGCAUACAGUGAUACCUCGGGUUAAAAACUUAAUUCGUUCCAGAGGUCCGUUCUUAACCUGAAACGGUUCAUAACCUGAGGUGUGCUAAUGGGGCCUUCUGCUGCCACUGCGCCACUGGCAUGCGAUUUCCAUUCUUAUCCUGGGGCAAAGUUCUUAACCUGGAGCAACCACUUCCUGGUUAGCGGAGUUUGUAACCCAAAGCAUCUAUAACCUGAAGCGUCUGAAACCCGAGGUACCAGUGUACCUUGUUUUAAGACCACAGCAAGAUUUUAUAUCAUUUUGGCAGUGACUGCAAUGGCCAAGGACUUUGGUGGUCAUAUAUUUGGAGCAGAUUCUCACUCACGAAUAACUCCUGCAUAGGAAAAAGAUGUAGGAAAUAUGAGCAACAUCCUUUAUGAAGACUGUGCAAGUGUCUGUUUCACCAGAUUUUCCAGGGUUCUAAAAUGCACAGAACCCUGCAUCAGAUAGCCACCUUCCAUUUGGCCACAGAGGCAAGCUGCUUCUUCCUGCUGUCCCCUCAUCAGUUUACUGCCUCUGUUAGUGGCACAUGUGUGGAUUAUUCUAGGUUAAUACAGCAUUACUAAGAGCUGGAGUCAAGCAGCAAUGGGUUCCAGGAAAUAAGUUAUGCUUUUACAAUUAAUGGCAAUUUUGCUAUCAGCAGAUACAGCAGGUUUUAGGGAUAAAUGAUUCAGAUAAUUUCUGGGUCAUUCCACUUCUGCAUAUUUUGAGGGGCUGGAGUCUCUUUUGUCCAAUUUCAGCAAUAAUGUGCAGGUGUUUGGUUUUUGUUUUUUAAAGAAGAAUUCCACAUAAAACUCUGAUAUGAGCGCCAACAUGGUCAUCUUUCUCAUAUGCUGUAAUGAGUAUGGGUUGCUCGUGCGUAAGUUGCCGCCUCUCCUGGCUAUGUUGCCUUGUUAAACCUUUCUGUCUGGACAGCCCUUCACUUCGUGGCUGCCUCAGUCGCUAGCAGAAUCCGUCAGUGGGCGUUUCUUAAACCUUUUCCAACAUAAAAGUUGUUUGACGCCAAGUCUCCUCCUACUCUCCCUGCGCGGAAGCCUUCUGCGCAGGGAGGGCGUGGGUAGCGGAGGACCCGUGCUCUCCCCGCUGGUGUCCGGUGAAGAGUCCUGGAGCCCUCUCGCCGAUUCCCCCAUCUGCCCCCCUUUAUCCCUGGUGUUGUGCUGAUUUGCUUCCCCAUCUGCUGAGCUGCCUCUCUCCCUGCUGGGCCCUUCUCCAGCAUCAUUAGAGAGCCUUCCCUACGCCUCUAGCUCCGAUGUCAGUUCCCUGACAUAUGCCAACACAGAAGUCACAGUGUCUGUCUUUACUUCCCAUAGGAGACAGCGACCAUAACUGGAAAAUUGCGCAUGUGACUCUGAAAAAUAAAAAAAAAUUCAGGUAUCUCUUCCAUGGCCUAAAAGGCAAUCCCGAUGACUCAUCUGGAGGAAUUUUCAUUGAUGACAUCACCCUGAGUGAAACGCGGUGCCCCAGUGCUGUCUGGCUUAUUCGCAACUUCUCUCAUCUUCUUAGAACUGCCCCCGAAGACUAUGCCAUGCUCAGUCCCCGGUUUUAUAGCUCUGAAGGCUAUGGUUUUGGCAUAACGUUGUAUCCCAGAGGCCAGAGUGAUUCUGCUUCGGCAAACUACACAAGGAUUUCUUUUCACCUGGCUAGUGGAGAAAACGAUGGUGUCCUGGAGUGGCCAGCUCUCAACAGGCAGGUGACCAUCAAGCUGCUAGACCAGCAUACCAAUAUCAAGGAAAGGAGGUCCAUCGAGAGGAGUUUCACAACAGAUGAAUCACAGGUUCUGCCAGGUAGGUAGCUUCUGCCUGAUAAGGCAAGAGGGGAGUGAGUGGUUCAAUGUUUUUGCCUCCCUGAGAUGCUGGAAUACAAAAUGCGGGAGCUUUUGCUCAAGAUUACAAGCAAAUGUCACAGAAGAUGCUGAGAGUAAAAUUCUUUAUUUGUGUGCUGUUAAUUCAGCAAAGGACGAAUUUGCUCUUUAACAAUCCAGGGAGACAGGGAAUGAAGCAUAAACUGUGAUUUAAAAAAACCCCGUCACAGAAACAAGUUUGUAACAGGAACAAACCUUUGGUGUAAAAUGCUUCCUUUAAGGCACAUUGAUACCUUCAGGUAAUAAUAAUACUAUGACAUUUGAAGGACAUAAAGCAACUGAAAGCAAUAUAGCAAAUCAAAGGAGGGAGCUGCUGCUGCUCCUGCCUCUUGUCCCUCUUGUCAUGCUCUGAGGGGGCAGUUGGAAAAGUAGCAAAGCAGCAAGGAGGAAGCCAUGAGGGGCUAGCGGGGGCUGAGAUUCUGUUUUUGGUGCCAGAGCUUCCUUCUGCAAUGCCUCACCCAUUCUUUCAUCUGAUUCAUCUCCUGCAGCUUCCCCACCAAAUUUGUUCUCAAGGCAGCAUGCUAAAGUUAAAACCAACACAACGGCUUAACAAAGGAAGGGUAUUUUUUUCUCCCAGCUAGAAAACUCUAUCUGGAAUUCAACAUAGUUCUAAGUGGCGUAUGAUAAGGUUGCCAGACGUCCCCGUUUCCCAGGCACAGUCCCCGGAUUUACAAAUCAGUCCUCUGACAAAAUCCAUCUAUUUAGCAGGAAGUUGAAAAGUGUCCCCGGAUUUAUUGAAAAAAAUCUGGUACCCUUAGGGUAUGAGCCUGCGAAGAUGGGAAUGCAGGACAGCUCUGCUUUGAAAAACUGUUAGUGGUUGUCAUGUGUUUCCUUUUGAAAGUGAGCUGGCUUCUGGUGUCACAGGGAAGGCCCUCAAACAGAAGGCCCGCCAAAUUUCUGGUGUCCUGGGCCCUCAUGGCAAGGCCUCAAGUAUCCAGGACCCAGAUUACUUUUGGGCUUUAAGUGUCAAAGCCAGCACUUCCAAGUCAGCCUAGAAUCUAAGUUGCAAUCCUUGCAGCUCCUCACAGAGUGGAUCACAUGGUCUCUCAGACUGUCAGCUGUCGGGCUGAUGCCUCCUGGACCGACUGACGUUUCUGAAUGCUCUUCAAGGCCUGUGCAGGCAGCAUUGCACUAGUCCAAAGUAGGGUAUGUGCACAUUGGCAGCUUAAAAGGCAGAGGUUGCUUCCCCCCUGCUUUCCAAGUCGCAUUUGAUAGGAAGCCUCCGAGGGCGGGAGCAAGACGGGAAGCCUGGGGAGGGAAAAGUCCCCGGCUCUGGUGCUCCUGGAGACAAUCAUCACGACUGUAGUCAGUAAUAGGAUUGCCGACUUAAUUUAGAAUUUGUGUGCAGAGAGCAAACAGUGUUACUGCGUAAUUUGUACUAUUUUGUAGAAAAAAACGAUUCUUCCCGAUGGGGAAAGCCUUCUCUUCUGGGGAAAUUUGAUACUUCAUGCAAAUGCAGCCGGAGCAUAGAUCGAGGAUGGAGCAAAUUUGUGUCCCAUGCACACCUAAGAGGAAGGAAUUAUCUGAAAAAUGAUGAUCUUAUUAUCUUUGCAGAGUUUGAUGGUAUGGAAAAAGAUUCUAUUAGAAGAUGGAAAGCAGAGUCUUUUCAGUUUUGACUUAUUAAAAACAAAGAACAGAAAGUUAUUUUUUCUUAAGUAAGGAAAAGGAAAUAACAGUAAAGUAUUAUUGGGGCUCCAUUUGAGCUAAGAUUCUACAAAACCUAGCAUUCAGUUCCUGGGAUUUACUCUGAAGAGUAAUAGUAAAAAAGUGUUAGUGAACAAGUACAUAAUGUUUUUCAUUCAUCACUGAGUAGCCACACAUCUGGAAUUAGCAGAAAGAACCUCCAGGGAAUAAUAAUAAUAAUAAUAAUAAUAAUAAUAAUAAUAAUAAUUUAUUUUUUAUACCCUGCCCGUCUGGUUGAGUUUCCCCAGCCAUUCUGAGCGGCUCCUGAUCGAGUGUUAAAAACAAUACAGCAUUAAAUAUUAAAACUUCCCUAAACAGGGCUGCCUUCAGAUGUCUUCUAAAAGUCAGAUAGUUGCUUAUUUUCUUGGCAUCUGCUGGGAGGGCGUUCCGCAGGGCAGGCGCCACCACCGAGAAGGCCCUCUGCCUGGUUCCCUGUAACCUCACUUCUCGCAAUGAAGGGUAACGCCAUACAAGUCUCAUUUUUAGAAAUUAAGCAAUUUGCACCACUGUUCUCAUUUAUAUAGAUAGAUUUUUAUCCAAUAGAGUGUGUAUUAUAUAUAACAAAUGGCUCCAGCUUCUCAAUAUGUUUGGGUUUCUCUCCACCCACCCUCCACAACUGAGGACUAGGAUUCUUACAAACAGCCACCUAGUAUUUUAUGAGAAAAUUACAAUUGUGUAUAAAGGUUAUUUACUUCUUUUUAGUGCAACAUUUGACAAAGACAUUUAGUUUUAGUCUGCAUUGCUCAGCCUAGUUACAAUUUUCAUUUCAUUUCAUUUCAUUUUAACCUACUGUAACCUAUGCAUUCUGGUUUUUUGCUGCUGCUUUAAAUAAAAUUAAAUAAAUUAGUAGGUGUAAGUUUUCAUUUCAAUUUUGGUUGAAAAAUAUGUGCCACAUUUGUUUGGACCAGUCCUUUCUCUCUUUCUGAGUAAGAUUUAACACAUCUCAAGAAGACGGAACACAUUUCCCCAGAAAAACGGCCUGUGGAACAGAAUGACUCCCUGGAACGGAAAAAAAGAUCAGCCUCUCUGGAAGACUGGCAGUCCUACCUGAGAGAACAGUGUGACCCAAAUCCGUGCCAAAAUGAUGGCAUUUGUGUAAAACUAAAAGGAAAAACAAGCUGCAGGUAUCCUAUGCUUUCAUGGCAUUUUUUUUCUUUCUCAUUUAUGUGCCACAUGAUUAGAUCACAACAACAACAACAACAACUUCAAAGGUAAACUCCACCAUGGGAGCAGGGCCAGGGUGGGAGAGUGCUAGAGUCCUGUCUACUCAAGUUGCAUUCCAAUCUGUUACCUCCAAAGAUGUGGACAGGCUGCUUGGACGAGUGAAACCGACCACCUGUCUCCUUGUUCCUUGCCCUUGGCUUAUAAAAGCUAGCCGGGAAGGGCUGGGCGAUGGGCUUUGUGGGGUGGUGAAUGCUUCUCUCUGUGAGGGAGCCUUCCCAGACCCGCUGAAAGAGGCAGUCAUUAAACCGCUUCUUAAAAAAAAUCUUUAGAACCGGCCAAUUUGGCCAACUAUCGCCCAGUCUCAAAUCUUCCAUUCUUGGGCAAGGUGAUUGAGUGGGUGGUUGCCAAACAACUCCAAGCACGCCUGGAGGAUGCGGACCAUUUGGAUCCCUUCCAGUCGGGAUUCAGGCCUCAUCAUGGGACUGAAACUGCCUUGAUUGCACUGGUCGAUGAACUUCAGCCGGCUAGGGACAAGGGUGAGAGCUAUUUCCUAGUUCUGGAUCCCUCAGCGGCCUUUGAUACCAUCAACCAUAACAUCCUUCUGGACCAUCUAGAGGGACUGGGAGCUGGGGGCACUGUUAUACAGUGGUUCCGCUCCUUCCUCCUGGGUCGUGUCCAGAAAGUGGUGUUGGGGGAUGAGUUUUCAGACUCCUAGGCCCUCACCUGUGGGGUCCCUUAGGGUUCCGUCCUCUCCCCCAUGCUUUUUAACAUCUAUAUGAAGCCUCUGGGAGAGAUCAUUAAGGGGUUUGGGCUGGGUGUUCAUCAGUAUGAUGAUACCUAGCUCUAUCUCUCUUUCAAAUCGGAACCAGUGAAGGCGAUGAAGGUCCUGUGUGAGUGCCUGGAGGUAGUUGGAAGAUGGAUCACGGCUAACAGAUUGAGGUUGAAUCCUGAUAAGACAGAAGUACUGUUUUGCGGGGACAAGGGGUGGGCAGGUGUGGAGGACUCCCUGGUCCUGAAUGCGGUAACUGUGCCCCUGAAGGACCAGACGCGCAGCCUGGGAGUCAUUUUGGGCUCACAGCUGUCCAUGGAGGUUCAGGUCAAUUCUGUGUCCAGGGCAGCUGUCUAUCAGCUCCACCUGGUAUGCAGGCUGAGACCCUCCCUGCCCGCAGACUGUCUGGCCAGAGUGGUGCAUGCUCUGGUUAUCUCCCUCUUGGACUACUGCAAUGUGCUGUAUCUGGGGCUACCUUUGAAGGUGACCCAGAAACUACAACUAAUCCAGAAUCCGGCAGCUAGACUGGUGACUGGAAGUGGCCGCCGAGACCACAUAACACUGGUCUAGAAAGACCUACAUUGGCUCCCAGCACGUUUCCGAGCACAAUUCAAAGUGAUGGUUCUGAUCUUUAAAGCCCUAAACGGCUUCAGCCUAGUAUACCCAAAGGAGCGUCUCCACCCCCAUUGUUCACUGAGGUCCAGCUCUGAGGGCCUUCUGGCGAUUCCCUCACUGCGAGAAGUGAGGUUACAGGGAACCACGCAGAGGGCCUUCUCAGUAGUGGCACCCUCCCUGUGGAACACCCCCCAUCAGAUGUCAAGGAAAUAAACAACUACCUGACUUUCAGAAGACAUCUGAAGGCAGCCCUGUUUAGGGAAGUUUUUAAUGUUUGAUGUUUUCUUGUGUUUUUAAUAUUCUGUUGGGAGCUGCUCAGAGUAACUGUGAAAACCCAGCCAGAUGGACAGGGUAUAAAUAAUAUUAUAUCAUCAUCCUCAUAAUCUGUUUUGCCUUUGCUUUUCUUGCAAAAAUUCCAGCCCAUUGAUGUUGCACUUGGAUAGGGAAAGGACUUUGUGCCAGGGUGCCUCACCUUUCUUUGAGGGCUGCACUGAGCCACGGUCCUCUCUCCAGCAGCUGCAAGUGGGCAGUCCAAAGUAUAAAAGUGAGCAUGGCCAAAAGAAAUGUAUUAUUACUACUACUACUACUACUACUACUACUAUUAUUAUACAAAUUUGGGCAGAAAAUUUGGGCACAAAAGCCAUUUGUACUGUAGCAGGGGACGCAUGGUCAGUAAAAAGCAACAAUUAUUUUUAUUUUUAUUUUAUUUUUUAUUAAGGAACGAAGGAAGAGUCCCAAAACUCCUUUUAGUAUCACAAAGGGGCUCUAUUGGAGCAGUCUGUUAAAAAAAAAAAGAAUUGCAGGGACCAUGGGGGUGGCACAUAAAACUUUGUGGCAUCACAGGAGCAGUCAAUCAUUUAAGGAGGUUUCUUAAUUACAAAUUUAUAGGGGUCUUUGCAAACACACCAAAAGACUUGGCGGGGGCUCAGUUACAGCCCCUGGGGUGCCAGUUAGCCCCCCCCCCCAUGCAGAGGGAGGCUACUCUGUGUGUGCUUUGGAAGCAUAGGUACAGCUUUUCUCCAUGAAGCAAUGUCAACAGAAGCUACACCUGUUGAAUUUUCUCCUACCUGAGAUCUACGGAUGAAGGGUGGUAUAUAAAUUUAAUAAACAAUAACAGUAAUAAAUAGCAUGCAGCUAUUAAAGGCCCCAGAACACCACCCUUCAAGCUCUUAAUUUAGCAUUUACCUCUGUCCCUAAAAUCUUGGCAGUCUUUGAAGCGGGCCAACAUGGGCAAUGGCAGUCUGGUUGCUCUGAACAUGGAGACAUGCAUUAGGUCACAGCUCAUAUUGGGAUUAUGGUGGUGACACAUUUUCUGGGCUGGGCUUUAAGACUAAUAAGGGGCAGGGAGGCUAACCUUUCCUUGAGGCAACGAAGCAGCUACCUUCCACUGGGAAUUCCUGAACUCACAUCAAUGUUGUCCCUGAACAGUUUUCAAAGAAGCCUCCUGUUUACACUCUUCAUUUGCAUUUCGGCUGCUCUAAAUUGUCAUGGGGAGAAAAUCCAAGCUCCAAAAUAGACAUUUUCCCUUCUUCUGUUUACAGGUGUGCUACAAGCUACCUCUUCUUCUACACAGGAGUGAGAUGCCAGGUGACACAUGUCCAUUGGAACACCCUUGGUCUGUUAGCUGCUGGAGCUGUAGCACUAACCAUAGUUACGAUUUCCUUAUUAGUUAGGCAAUAGUCUUCCUUUUUCCAGAGUGUAGUUUUACAGUGAUUUCAUACUUUCCGUGAAUUUUGUUGUAAUUCCAACUCACCUGAACUCGAUCAUCUGAAUUAUGUGAAAGUGAUAACAUGAUCACCUCCUGUCACCUCAGUCAUGUGCUCCAAAACUGGAGGUCAAACAGGGAGGUGAUAGAAGGUCCCGACUCCUUGUCUUGGUUUAACUUGACAUAACAGAUAACUGCCCUUAGAAUCUCAAUGGAGCAUUAAACAUGACUAUGGCCUCUGUUGGAG